AUGCCCCAGCAUGUUAUAAUGCGCUUGAGGAAGCCGUACACUGUUGCUACCAUUUGGUCGAGUGGCAAGAUCUGGUGCACUGGGGCGAGCUCGGUUAAACGGGCUCAUCAAGGAGCUCGACGAAUUGCGCGUCGUCUGGCCAAGUGUGGUUUUCCAUGCCGUUUUAGUCGAUAUAGGAUCGUCAAUAUAAUGGCUACUUGCAAGCUCCCUUUUCGAGUGCGCCUGGAUGAACUUGUUAAGGAACGACCUUUUUUGAUGAGAUUUUCUCCUUUACAGAUACAAUUCCAGUAG